GCAACGGAUCAGCUCUGAAUGUCCAGCUAUGCCGGCAGUCACCGUUCGGCUCGGAGCCGCCACAGCCUCGCUUCUGAUUUCCACCCCUCCCCUUCGUCCUCGCGAGAGACGAGCCCCUCCUGCUGCUGCCGCGGUCGGCGCCGGAGUCCUCCUCCGCUCCGUCCUCGCCACUCCCGGACCCCGAGGGCCACUCCCGGCGAUGGCGCAGACCCACGACGCCUUCAGUCCCCCUGCUUCGGAAGAAAGAGUUGAGAUAAUGAACAAGCAUGGAGAGAGGCUUGUGGGAUUGCUGCAUAACACUGGUUCCAACAAGAUUGUGGUCUUGUGCCAUGGUUUUAUAGCUACCAAGAGUGACAGUCUUAUUCUGGACCUGGCAUCGGCAUUAACAAAGAAAGGGAGCAGUGCAUUCCGCUUUGAUUUCAGUGGAAAUGGAGAAAGUGAAGGUCAGUUCGAGUAUGGUAACUACAGGAAGGAGGCUGAUGAUUUGUAUUCUGUUGUAUUAUAUCUCUAUCAGAAAAACUAUGAUGUAACAGCAGUUGUUGGUCAUAGCAAAGGUGGAGAUGUAGUGGCUUUAUAUGCUUCCAUUUAUGACAAUGUCCGCACAAUUGUUAAUCUAUCGGGCCGAUUUGAUUUAAAUAAAGGCAUUGAAGAACGUAUAGGGGAAGGGUCUAUUGAUAGAAUAAAUAAAGAAGGCUAUCUUGACAUCAAGGACAAAUUUGAAAAUUUUAACUACAGGGUAACCAAAGAGAGUCUGAUGGAACGGCUUAAUACUGAUAUGCAUGCUGCAAGUGUUUCUAUUUUCAAGGAAUGCAGGUUCCUAACGGUCCAUGGUUCAGCUGACACAACGAUACCUGUAGACGACGCCUAUGAGUUUGCAAAGCUUAUACCUAACCAUAAGCUGCACGUCAUAGAGGGUGCAAAUCAUAACUACACCGCACAUCGCAAAGAAGUUGCUGAUGCAGUAGUGGAUUUCAUCAUGACCAAUGGGGUAUAGGGAGGGGACACCGCAUCACCAAGAGUGGAAUGGCCAUUACACACCGUUUAACCCUUGGCUGUGCAUCUGUGCCCACUAUAUUGUGAGGGACAGAUUCUUCCAUACUGGGGCAUCCAGUGAGCAAAAAGCUUUGCAAGUUAAUAGGUGUGGAUUAUCUUCUUGACCGAUCCAAACAUCUGCUGUAAGGACUUGUUUGUUGCUAGUAUGUACUUAAAGAAUACAUGUAAAUAUCAAAAUCAUGGUAGGACUUGUAUAUGUGUCACAUUUGUAUGCUUGAUGAGUUCCUGUGAGCAGACUCAACAUCUGCCGAUGUGUUCAGGGUCAGUAGAUGCUAAAUAUAUAGGUGUAUGCUAAAGAGCUAAUUCAUGGAGUUUGUCUUGGGAUU